AUGGAUACAUCGGUGUUGGUUUCUUAUGGCUUAGUAAAGGUGAUACGUUCAGAAUUAGAGUACUUAAUACUCAUCAAGCAGAAGCUAUUGGUGCCUGGGUUCUACGUGCAAGUUGGACGCGCUCCGUGCCCACCCUGCUCUGUACUGCUACUCGGCUUCCUUGUCAAGGUGCCUGAGGAAGUGCACCAUGGCGAGGAGGAGGUGGAGACCUUUGCUUUUCAGGCAGAAAUCACCCAGCUCAUGUCGUUAAUCAUCAAUACAUUCUACUCAAACAAGGAAAUUUUCCUUCGAGAGUUGAUCUCCAAUGCUUCUGAUGCCUUGGACAAGAUUCACUACGAGAGCCUGACAGACCCUUCCAAGUUGGACAGUGGCAAAGAGCUGAAGAUUGACAUCAUCCCCAACCCUCGGGAGUGCACGCUGACCUUGGUGGACACAGGCAUUGGCAUGACCAAAGCUGAUCUCAUAAAUAACCUGGGAACUAUUGCUAAGUCUGGCACAAAGGCUUUCAUGGAGGCUCUCCAGGCUGGUGCAGACAUCUCCAUGACUGGGCAGUUUGGUGUUGGGUUCUACUCAGCCUACCUCGUGGCAGAGAAAGUGGUUGUGAUCACAAAGCACAACGAUGAUGAGCAGUAUGCCUGGGAGUCUGCUGGUGGAUCCUUCACAGUUCGUGCAGACCACGGUGAGCACAUUGUGCAGGGUACCAAAGUCAUCUUUCAUCUCAAAGAAGACCAGACUGAGUACUUAGAAGAGAGGAGGGUCAAGGAAGUGGUGAAGAAGCACUCGCAGUUCAUCGGCUACCCCCUCACCCUCUAUUUGGAGAAGGAACUAGAAAAGGAGAUCAGUGAUGAUGAGGCAGAGGAAGAGAAGGGUGAGAAAGAGAAAGAAGAUAAGGAUGAUGAGGAGAAGCCAAAGAUUGAAGAUGUGGGAUCAGACGAGGAAGAUGACAGUGGCAAAAAUAAGAAAAAGAAAACAAAGAAGAUUAAGGAGAAGUACAUUGACCAGGAAGAGUUGAAUAAGACUAAGCCAAUUUGGACCAGAAACCCUGAUGACAUCACUCAAGAGGAAUAUGGUGAAUUCUAUAAGAGCUUCACCAAUGAUUAGGAAGACCUUUCUGUAGAAGGUCAAUUGGAAUUCAGAGCAUUGCUCUUCAUUCCUCGGCGAGCUCCCUUUGACCUUUUUGAGAACAAGAAAAAGAAGAACAACAUCAAAAUGUUAGAUGUGUUCAUCAUGGACAGCUGUGAUGAGCUGAUACCUGAGUACCUCAACUUUAUCCAUGGCAUGGUUGACUUUGAGGACCUGCCCCUGAACAUCUCCCGAGAAAUGUUCCAGCAGAGCAAGAUCCUGAAAGUCAUGCGCAAGAACAUUGUGAAGAAGUGCCUUGAGCUCUUCUCUGAGCUGGCUGAAGACAAAGAGAACUACAAGAAAUUCUAUGAGGCCUUCUCCAAGAACUUAAAGCUGGGAAUCCAUGAAGACUCCACUAACUGCCGGCGCCUCUCUGAGCUGUUGUGCUAUCACACCUCUCAGUCUGGAGAUGAGAUGACUUCCCUGUCAGAGUACGUGUCUCGCAUGAAGGAGACACAGAAGUCCAUCUAUUGUAUCACUGGUGAGAGCAAAGAGCAGGUAGCCAACUCUGCCUUUGUGGAGCAUGUACGGAAGCGAGACUUUGAAGUGGUGUACAUGACUGAACCUAUUGAUGAGUUCUGUGUGCAGCAGCUCAAGGAAUUUGAUGGAAAGAGCCUGGUCACAGUGACUAAGGAAGGCCUGGAGCUACCAGAAGAUGAGGAAGAGAAGAAGAAAAUGGAGGAAAGCAAGGCAAAAUUUGAGAAUCUCUGCAAGCUUAUGAAGGAGAUCUUGGAUAAGAAGGUUGAGAAGGUGACAUUCUCCAAUAGGCUUGUGUCUUCACCCUGCUGCAUUGUGACAAGCACCUAUGGCUGGACAGCCAACAUGGAGCGGAUCAUGAAGGCCCAGGCACUCAGAGACAACUCUACAAUGGGCUACAUGAUGUCCAAAAAGCACCUGGAGAUCAACCCUGACCACCCCAUCAUGGAGACCCUGAGGCAGAAGGCUGAGGCAGAUAAGAAUGACAAAGCUGUCAAGGACCUGGUGGUGCUGCUGUUCGAGACUGCUCUGCUCUCCUCUGGUUUCUCACUCGAGGAUCCCCAAACCCACUCCAAUCACAUCUACCGUAUGAUCAAACUAGGCCUGGGUAUUGACAAAGAUGAGGUUACAGCAGAGGAACCCAGUGCUGCUGUCCCUGAUGAAAUCCCCCCACUAGAGGGUGAUGAGGAUGCCUCCCACAUGGAAGAAGUAGAUUAGAGAUCCCCUGGGAAGACCAUGUCCUCUAUAUAGUUUCCCUGUGGCCCCUCCCAGAAGCCUUGGCUGGCCCUGACCUACCUGGCUCUCUGCUCAUGCUAGAGGAUCUCUCAUCCUGUCCUUGUGCCUUAAGGCAGGAAACCCCCUCCCACAGAAUAGCAAGGUUGGGUAUUGUGUAUUGUGGUUCUUUUGUUUGUUUAUUUUGUUCUGAAAUUAAAAGUAUGUGAAAAUAAAGACAA